CUCUCUUUCUUUGUGGGAUUCCCAGGUGGAAGCAGCUCAGGAUGCAAGCCCUCCUCCUCCUCCGUCUGCCUGCCUGCUGCCUUGGGCUUCUCGCCCGCUGAGGCAACCAUGUCGAGCCAGCAGAGCCACCCCUCCUUCAGCAACAUCCACUCCAUGGCCGACCAGCAGCAGGUGCUGUCAGACAUGACGAUAUUACAGAGGAGGAUCCCCCCAACCUUUCGUGACCCGGCCUCUGCACCCCUCCGGAAACUCUCGGUGGAUCUCAUAAAGACUUACAAGCACAUCAACGAGGUGUACUACACAAAGAAGAAGCGGCGUGCCCAGCAUGUGCCCCCGGAGGACUCGAGCACUAAGAAGGAGCGGAAGGUGUACAACGACGGUUACGACGAUGACAACUACGACUACAUUGUGAAGAACGGGGAGAAGUGGCUGGACCGCUACGAGAUCGACUCGCUCAUCGGCAAGGGCUCCUUCGGGCAGGUGGUGAAGGCGUACGACCAUCAUGAGCAGGAGUGGGUGGCCAUAAAGAUCAUCAAGAACAAGAAAGCCUUCCUGAACCAAGCCCAGAUCGAGCUGCGUCUGCUGGAGCUCAUGAACAAACACGACACGGAGAUGAAAUACUACAUCGUCCACUUGAAACGUCACUUCAUGUUCCGUAACCACCUCUGCCUGGUGUUUGAGCUGCUCUCCUAUAACCUGUACGACCUUCUGCGCAACACCAACUUCCGUGGCGUCUCCCUCAACCUGACGCGCAAGUUCGCCCAGCAGCUGUGCACGGCCCUGCUGUUCCUGGCCACGCCGGAGCUCAGCAUCAUCCACUGCGACCUCAAGCCCGAAAACAUCCUGCUGUGCAACCCCAAGCGCAGCGCCAUCAAGAUCGUCGACUUCGGCAGCUCCUGCCAGCUCGGACAGAGGAUCUACCAGUACAUCCAGAGCCGAUUCUACCGCUCUCCAGAGGUACUGCUAGGCAUGCCCUAUGACCUGGCCAUUGACAUGUGGUCCCUGGGCUGCAUCCUGGUGGAGAUGCACACAGGGGAGCCCCUCUUCAGUGGUUCCAACGAGGUGGAUCAGAUGAAUAAGAUAGUGGAGGUCCUGGGAGUCCCUCCCUCCCACAUGCUCGACCAGGCCCCCAAAGCCAGGAAGUACUUCGACAAGCUGUCCGAAGGUCUCUGGACGGUCAAGAAGAAUAAGGACAUAAAGAAGGUACUUUAUCCAUCGCCCUCCGAGUACAAGUCUCCAGCGACUCGCAGGCUGCACGAGAUCCUGGGAGUGGAAACUGGGGGUCCUGGAGGCCGGCGAGGGGGGGAACAGGGCCACGCCCCCUGCGACUACCUGAAAUUCAAGGACCUCAUCCUGCGCAUGCUGGACUACGACCCCAAGACCCGCAUCACCCCCUUUUACGCACUGCAGCACAACUUCUUCAAGAAGACCACCGACGAAGGGACGAACACUAGCAGCAGCACCUCCACCAGUCCAGCCAUGGACCACAGCCACUCCACCAGUACCACCAGCUCCGUCUCCAGCUCAGGUGGAUCGAGUGGCUCCUCCAAUGAUAACCGGAAUUACCGAUAUAGUAAUCGAUACUACAACAGCGCUGUCACUCACACGGACUACGAGAUGCAGAGCCCACAGGCUCCCUCUCAGCAGCAGAUGAGGCUGUGGCCAGGCGGUGACGGGCCAAUCCCCAACAGCGACUCCUACUCCCAGUUGCUCCUGCACAAGCCAGCCGCCACCCAGCAGCCACGCCACUACCCCUCUGUGCUGGUGGGCAGUGGUGGAGGAGGACUGACCAUCAUUGAGCCCCACCAUCCACACCCCAUCUACGGGCACCACGGCAACGGGCGCCAGCUCCGGCAGCAGCAGCUGAUGCCAAUCUCUUCCCCUCAGAUCCCAGACUCCAUCGAGCUGAGCCUCGCUCAUCACCACCACCACCACCACCACCCGCCCACCAUGCCCCCCAGCCUGGACUCCAGCCAGUACGGCUCUUCCAACCUGCACCUGGGUCUCUCCGCCUUCCGGACUAGGACAGUGGUAGCCCCUCCCCAGGACAGUGUGGUGGCCACCUCGGGGCUGAGCUACCCCCCUUACCCCAGCUCCAGCUCCAGCAGCAGCAGCAGCAGCAACAACAACAACCCUCUCCAGGUCGGCAUAGUCGGCAGCUCUCUGGCGGGGCUGCCCCGAAACAGCCGCUCUGACUCGGAGGAAUCGGCCAUGGUGGGGGUGUGUGGGGGGGGUGGCGGACCCUCGCAGAGCGCGGCCGCUAGCUCUUGAUGACUCUUGAACAACUGCAUAAAGCCAUACAGUUUAAAAUGAUGGAGUAAAACAAACAGAGACCACGUACAGGAUGAAAGCAAGUUUGCAAAGCGUUUGCUGGGGUGGGGCGGGGCGGGAGUUUUAAGGUUUGUUUUUUAUUCAGAUUUUUUCGUUUUUUGUUCAAGGAGGACAAAUGGAGAGGGGUGGGGUCUGAAUUUAAUAAUGGAUGAUGUGUGGCGGUAGGGAAUGGGCUUCGAUGAGAGAAGGAAAGACCCUGUUUGUAUUAUUAUUAUUAUUAUUAUUAUUAUUAUUUUUUGAAGUGUAGGUGUUUUAAUUGUAAAUUGUUAAUUUAUUAAUAAUCACUACAUGAGGUGCGAGACCUGCGUGUGGAGAAGAAAACAAACUAAAAAAGGAGAAACAGCAGGGUGUUUUUUAUUAUUGAUAUAGAAAGAAGAAAUAACCUCUUGGACUUAUAUUUUUCCUUUUUUUAAUUUUUAGGGUUUUUUUUUUUUUUUUUUUUUUUUUUUUUUUUUUAACUUCUCGCUACACACUGGCUUAUAAAAAAAAAAAAAAAAAAAAAAAAAAACUACUAAAGGAAGGAGGGGCUACCUGUCAUCAUGAAUCGCUUCACAAAAACUAAAACAUUUCUCCAGAAGAAAACAACCAAAUGCUUCCGGUUUAUAUUGUCUGUCGGUCUGUGUCUUCUUUCUUUCUGUCUGUUCUCCCGCCAUCCCUCUCCUGCGUGGACGGACUGGUUAACGGUAAAUUGAUUGACAGGCCUCACUCCUGGCUGUCACUUCUCUCUCCUGCGUGGACGGACUGGUUAACG